AUGGCGGGCAACAGGAAGUUGAUGUCUCUCGAGGCAGCGCUCGAGGAGGAAAGGAAAGAGGUUGAGAACCUGGUCUCUUCAAUGCAACAACCUAGAAGACCUCCAUCGGUUGGCGCUAGAUCUCCCUCUCCAUUUACCAGUCCUCGAUCGCCUGUUCGAAGCAUGUUGGACAUUGGCGAAGUACCCAGAAACACGACUCGGAGCCCUCCACCGCAAGGUCCAGUUCGCAGCAUGCUUGAUGUUAAUGGCCCUCCUAUCCAGAGGAGAAGUAUGUUGGAUGUUGGGGGAUCAUCGACUAAUGCCCCGUCGAGUACGCACACAUCGCCGACGCUAUCUUUCAAAUCCCCACUUGCGGAUAAUUCGAGUCGUAGUAGAAGCAUGUCAGAUGCGGCUUCAAAUCCCGUGAUAGACCUAGGGCCACGAUCGCCACCUCUACCAAGCCCGAGAUACAAUGACCCGACGUCUGCCUAUAAGUUUCAUGAUAUACUACCAACCAACGUUGGGCAAGCUAUGCCAAUGAAGCGUGGUCAAACUCCCAUGCGAUCAAGCUCCAUCGGGGAAGCCCUUCGUGGCCCUGAUCUAUCUAAUCUAGUACUUCCUGGAGAACGCGGGCGCUUUUCGAGGAAAACAAACAAGUCGAAGUCUCCCAAUAAUCGUUUUAGCCUGCGCUCGAAUUCGCCAUUUGGAAACCCUUCCGGACGCAACCAGACACAGGAUAUUAUGAUGACUAAUGGUCAACCAUUAGAUAUGAAUAAUGCGUAUAGAAAAUUGUCAGACGCCAAUUUACUUUAUGGUGGCUCAAACUUAGCCGCCCUGGCUCGUAAGCGGCAAGAUAGUGAGGGGCACGGUCGGAUAGAAAAGGAUAAUCUAAGUCCGUACGGAGAAUUACUCCCGGAUGAAAGUGAUGACGAUGUUGGCAACUCGUCUGACGAAGAGAUGCAAAGAGGAAGGAAACUCACCCCUCGCGCCGAGUCCCAAGACAAUGGCGAGGGUAGCACAGCAAAGAGUCUGCUUGCCGCUAUUGAAGAUGAGCGAAAACAUGUCAAUGCUACCCAACCUCAAUACAGGUCACUCUUUGACGAGCCUAAAAUUACGAUUACAGGUCCCACGGGAGAUAAGGGGAAGCUGGGAAAGGGUGGAAAGCCAGUGGUUCAGCCGUCCACUAGUUUUGAUCAGGAACCUCUGUCUGGAACACAAACUCCUUAUGACCCGGAUCUAGACGCCGACGUCGAUGCAAUCAAAACCGCACAGAGCCUAAUAUUAUCCUCCACGCCGAUUCUCUCAACUCCUGAAGUUCACCGCUCUAUUCGUAUUCUAUACCGUGGUGAAUUCAACAGGAUACAACGGGAUGCCGAAGAAGAACACCGACGUCUACGCAAAUAUCUAGUCGCGACGGAUCUCAGUGACGAGUCUACCCACGCGUUAGAAUGGGCUGUUGGAACUGUGCUCCGCGAUGGGGAUACAUUGAUAGCCAUGUACUGCAUGGACGAAGAAGCUAGUGGGUCUGUUGAUGCCAGCAACAUGGUACCAGAUGAACCCAAGGCGAUGAAGGAGCAAGCUAUGGCCAUCAGCGCAAUCUCGAAGGGAAUGUCUAGGCCCUCGUACCGUACCUCUAGUCCCGGUCCGUUUAAGAUGCAAGGAUCCUCCAUGUCACCUCGUAUCCGAGCUAUCGAUAGUACUGGUAGCAACAACCCCUCCCCAGCGCCUAGCUCUCGCGGAAAAAGCAAGUUGCAAGAAGAGAGAGAUCGAGCUGUUCAGGACAUCACCGAGCGGGUGUCAAAACUGCUUCGGAAAACGCAGUUGCAGGUGCGGGUGAUUGUGGAAGUGAUUCACUGCAAGAAUCCCAAGCAUCUGAUAACGGAGGUGAUCGAUAUCUUGAAUCCGACGUUGGUGAUUUUGGGUAGCCGUGGCAGAAGCGCCUUAAAAGGAACUCUCCUUGGAUCUUUCUCGAAUUAUUUAGUAACUAAGAGCUCGGUUCCAGUCAUGGUCGCGCGUAAACGACUACGUAAGAAGAGCAAAUACCAGCCACCGCCAACGAAACAAGUGAAUAACUUGGCCAAUCCAUCAGCGAGGAGUCUCGAGAUGGCAAGAGUUGAUUAG